AUGAGAAGAGUCAUUCUACAGCCUGGCUCCGACGCGGGCACCAAAGAAUCUGUGUCUAUUGAGCCCGGUUUGCAUUUCCGCACGCUGGCUGAGUUCGACAGCUACUUCCAGGAGCUGUUCGAGAAGGCCCCACAGACCUUCAAGGGAUAUGAAAUGGCAUUGACGGAAGGCUCCGAGCGAUGGAUCCCGGUCGACGAGGCUGUGGUCGGAAACUGGUUGUCGCUGAAAGCGGCCAACUCGCCCAAGUGGUACAUUCGUCCUACCAACCAGAUGAAUGCCAUCAGAGACCAUGUGGCCCAUGAAAAGCUGGAGACGGUGGCGGACUCGGUGCUCCAGAUGCGUGCAUACCUUGAGGAAGAGAUGGACGAAAUCAAGCAGCGGGCUAGUGAGGAGAUCGCCGCUCUCAGGGGCGACGUCUGGGCUCUAAAGUUGAAACUGGACACUCUGGAACAGGCCAACAAGUCUCAGGGUUCGGAAGACGUUGAUAUUAUUGAAGAAGGCUUUCUCAAAGGUCCCAAGAAGACUGCUUCCCCAAAACUGCAACUUGGCUCAGCUGGCAAACUGAAACCAGAGCUUUUCUCUACCCUUGUGCAGUUCCGAAUUCCCGCAGGGACGAAGACAACGUCUAUCCCCAAACACGUCAGCUCUUGCAUCAAGAGCCUGGACAGUGUCCCUGUAGUCUACGCCUUGACCCAGUCUGGUAUAUAUGAGCCCUGCGAAUACGUUAGCGAGUUGCGUGACAAGAUCCAUCGAGAGCCAGAAUGGGAGAGCUUUUGCAUUGGGAUUCACGAGGAAGACGAGCCGGUAAAACAGAACAUCAAAACUGCGACAUCCGUGUCCACAGCAUCUACCCCCAACCGCAGCUACGCGGCAGCUUCAGGAGGUUCUUUUAAGCCGUCGGUUGUAAAACAUCCCAAGCCCUGGAUUCCCAAACCGCUGGUGAAGACUGAAGAAAAUUUUCCUUCAUUUCGACAGGACGACCUUGACAAUAUCUGCGCCAAGACAGAACAGAUGACCUUUUCGGAGGAGUUCCUGGCAGCUCAGGAAACCCCCACCACAAGCUCUCCCUCUGCCAGGUCAAAAUCUUGUGCUUGGGGAAUUCCUGCACCCGAGGAGUCUCUGUCGCCUCCAUCGACACGGAAUAAUCAGCCCACAGAAAAUACCAGCCCUACCACAACUGAACGUGAUUCACCAGAUAGUACACGGUACCCUAUUGAAUCACAUACCACUGCAGGUGCCUCUAGUCCGAAGAAGCAUAAAACAGGACAUGCCUAUGUCGCUGUGGCCGAUCCUGAACCUGUGACUAAACCUGAGGUAGGGUCUAUUCCUGAGGGACCCCCAAAGUGCAACAGCUGCGACAAGCUGCUGGAUAAGACACAUGUGCAUUGUGUUGAUUGUGAGACGUUCAAUUGUUGUCAGGAGUGUUUCAAGAUGGCUAACCAGGCACAUCCCAAGGAGCACACCUUUGAGCUCUAUAUUUAUCAAUAG